UUUUAGUCAUUGGCUUGUAAGGCAAGAUAGUCCCUGGAGAAGAACUAAAGUACGUCAACAGCCUUGUCAGCGGAAAGACACUCCGUUGCAGUUACUGAAGAUUUGCGAGGUGACCAGUUUCCAGACAUUGGUUCGCUCCUGCUUGUGUACGAGAUUGGCCGAGACUAAAAAAACUGUAGUGUGCCACCUUAAGGUUUUAGUCAUUGGCUUGUAAGGCAAGAUAGUCCCUGGAGACGAACUAAAGUACGUCAACAGCCUUGUCAGCGGAAAGACACUCCGUUGCAGUUACUGAAGAUUUGCGAGGUGACCAGUUUCCAGACAUUGGUUCGCUCCUGCUUGUGUACGAGAUUGGCCGAGACUAAAAAAACUGUAGUGUGCCACCUUAAGGUUUUAGUCAUUGGCUUGUAAGGCAAGAUAGUCCCUGGAGAAGAACUAAAGUACGUCAACAGCCUUGUCAGCGGAAAGACACUCUGUUGCAGUUACUGAAGGUAAAACGACAUCUUCAGUGGGCUAGGUAAAUGUUGGCAUGUUUGUCGGAAUGUGUUUCCUGGUCUAUACCAAAAUGUCCUGCGUGCUUUGUUUAAUCUAUAACAGCGCCAUAACUUACUUUUCGCCAUUAUGCGCAAUUCAACUGAUGUUAUUUAUAAGCAAAUAAAAAGUUAUUGUGAAGAAGUGACUCUUGCAAGUGCCUCACAUUGUUGUAUGCCUUUUAACAAUGAUCUGAGCUUACUAGAAGUUUUACUUUUUCUGUUUCUAAGAAAUAUGGAUUUAUAUUUAUCUCAGAUGUCAAUUUUUUGGCAAUCAUUAGUGUCAUAUCAGGGGUAUUUCCUCAAUAUGUCAGCCCCAAUUAUUUAUGCUGUGAUUGGGUUAUCUCCCUUGCAUGGGCCUGUUUAAGGGAUUACUACACAGGGGCCUUAAAUGUUGUGUUUUUACAACAGAUUUAAGGUACAAAUGCUUAACUUGCCUUUCAAGAUCAUGCUAAGCAUGCAAUUUAUUUAUAUUUUUAUUACUUUAAGCAAAAACAUGUGCAUUUGUUGUGAGAGCUGUAAAAAUCUAAGCAACGCCAAGUAUUUAUUGGCUCAAAACUGUGUGUUUUUGUGUUGCUUCUUUGAUAAAGUUAUUAUUUAAAGGCUGACCAAGUCACCUGCACUACCAUUUGUCAUCUCAAUGUGAUUAAGACUUCAUUUAAUUGUUGCAAUAUGUUUCUGUGAGGUAGCUUUUCACUACCAUGACUUCUACAAUGACCCUGAAAAUGGCAUAGAAAAAAUAGGGAAAACAGGGGCGGAUUAAACGCUUUAUAAAUAACAAACAAGCCUUCAGACUUGGUCAAGAAUGUAUUAUAUUUGCUUGUUUUUGUCCAAAUUUCAAGAAAACAAGUCCAUAUUCUGCAGUUCUAAGACUUUGCUGGCCCUUAAGGCUGCACACCACACUUUUUAGCCACCAAUGCGAAUUGGCCCCGGUCAAAUUUCUAAAUAAAGAGAACAUUGCUCAAGUAAGCACCAUUUUGAGUGUCUAAAUAAUAAUGAAUGUCAGGUUUGAGUUGUGGUGAUUUUUCUUGGAUGUUUGUAAGUUACCAAAACAUUGGUAUUUUAACUAUAGCUGCAUACAGGAAGUAGAAUUAAUGCAAUUCGAAAACAGGUGUAAUGCUGGCUCCGGUCAGUAUUUCUGUUGGAAAUUUGAAAGGGCGUACAGACAUUGAACUUUUACAAAAAAUCUAAUCCUUUGACCCCCAAUUUUCUCCAUUGCUGUUUAGUACUUGAUUUGCGAGGUGACCAGUUUCCAGACAUUGGUUCGCUCCUGCUUGUGUACGAGAUUGGCCGAGACUAAAAAAACUGUAGUGUGCCACCUUAAGGUUUUAGUCAUUGGCUUGUAAGGCAAGAUAGUCCCUGGAGAAGAACUAAAGUACGUCAACAGCCUUGUCAGCGGAAAGACACUCCGUUGCAGUUACUGAAGGUUUUAGUCAUUGGCUUGUAAGGCAAGAUAGUCCCUGGAGAAGAACUAAAGUACGUCAACAGCCUUGUCAGCGGAAAGACACUCCGUUGCAGUUACUGAAGAUUUGCGAGGUGACCAGUUUCCAGACAUUGGUUCGCUCCUGCUUGUGUACGAGAUUGGCCGAGACUAAAAAAACUGUAGUGUGCCACCAUAACGAUUUUACUAUCAGAUAUAUUAACGCGUGUUUCCGUUACACAAUCGAUUUAAAAGUGGAGCAAUGUGUCUGGAAAUAAUCGGAUUAACUAACGUCGUGAAUACAGUUAAAUGGAUUUUAUCAUGCUGACAUAUCGGACAGCUGAGAAACUUUGUGUCUGCACAUUUUGAACAUUGUGUGGAAAAUAUGUGAACGGUGCCCAUGGUACAAACUAGGGAUUGAGUUUUCUAGUUAGCAUUUCCGUGAUGCUCAAGCCAAAACGUGAUUGCCUUCAAGACUUAAAGCAUUAUGGCGAGUCUUGCUGAUGUUUUCACAGAGAAAGAAAGAACAAACUGGCUAAAGGCAUGGCUUGCGGUGGACAUUGGUAAGUCUGGCUUGGAUCAGUUCGCGGACAACGUGGCUAAAACUAUACACGCCAAUAUAUACAACACUAUCUUGCCAAGUGUUUAUGCGCCAGUUGCUUGCAAUCUCUGUCUCACUGCAAACUUGCUAAAAUGCCCCACACCAGGAAUAUGCAAUAAACGAGGCGCGAACAACCCAUGUAAGGUGCAUGAUACCGCGGCAAAACAACCACGGCAGUGCCCUGCUAACAUGUGUAAUAAAGUUUUUGACGAAAUUAAAAAUCUACACAAGUUUUCAAACCCUUCAUGGAAAAAUACAAGGGCGGAGCAAUGGGAGUCAAAUCCUUGGGAAAUUGCCAAGGCGUAUUUACCUCCGGACGGAUAUACUGAAAAGAUUUCGGUGCAAGAUACAGACUUCAACGGACUCAUCAGUUUUAUGAUGAACUGUAAACAUUUCGACAGCAUGUUUUCAUUCACCGUAGCUCCCGGAAAUAACUAUCCCCCAUGUCUACUGACAAAGGCGCGUGAGAUUGGUAGGACUGUCCGUCACUCGUCUCAGUGUAAACUCACAGACGCAGAUCUCCAGGACAUCUUCACAACACUGACUAACCUGCUGACUGACCCAAUGUGUCUAGCACGUGAUGUCACUUCACAGGAGGCUGUGAAGAAAUUAGCAAAACUGCAAAACGACGGAUUGAAGAUAACCACAGAAGAAAUGAUUAAUCUACUAGUUGCUGUUCAAGAUGAAGUUAAGAAUGUUGAAAAUACAGCUGACAAGACUCUUGACGCGAUAAGGGUACACCUUGAACACUGUAGGAAUGAUGUUAAGGAGUACACUGAAAAAUGUAAAGAAAAACUUGAUGAACGCACUGAAAAAUGUGAAGCGACACUUCAUGAACGCACUGCAAAAUGUGAAGAGAAACUUGAUGAACGCACUGCAAAGUGUGAAGAGAAACUUGAUAAACGCACUGAAAAAUGUGAAGAAAAACUUGAUAAAUACACUAACAAAUGUAAAGAUGCACUUGAUGAACAUUUUCGGAAGUCUGCCGAAUCAAACUACGAGCAAUCCUGUGAAGAUUUCCGUAGACGAUUGAUGGAACAUUACAAUGACACCUCAAGCAAUGUGCCUCUUUCAGCUUUGGAUCAGAGUCUUGAUAAGCGUAUAACAGAAAUAUACGCAACGCCUAAGAUACAUCGAAUCGAUAUAAAGAAAGAUGGUACACGCAAGAAAGAGGAACAAAUAAAUUCAUACAAAGAAAUGUUUUACAGAAAUGAAAUUGCAAAUAGACGCAUUUACGUACAAGGCGAACCCGGCUCCGGGAAGUCGACGUUUGCAGCUAAGCUGGUUUAUGAUUGGUGCAAUGGAAUUCAGCCUUUAUCAACUGCUCUUAUUAAAAACACAGCAUUUGAUGAUGUUAUGACAAUAUCAAAAUUCAAGUUCCUAUUUUUUAUCUCAUUGAGAGAUGUGAGGGAACAGAAAACUGUGACUCAGAUGAUUAAAUCCCAGCUUGUUGAUCGCAUGUAUUCCGAUAAAGAUGUUGAGCGUGUGUCCGAACUUGUUUACAAAAUAAUAGAAACUGAAGUAUGCCUCAUAGUUAGAGAUGGCCUAGAUGAAUGGGUGGCUCCUGAUGGUUAUAAUCUAGCUGAACCUUCUUUAACAGGAUUUCAGAAGGACAAAUGCACGAUUAUUACAACCGCGCGACCGUGGAAACUUGCUGAUGAACGGAUCAAGAAUUCUCAAAUCGACAUUCUCUUAGAGAUUGACGGUAUAUGCAAUGCUGAUAAGUUUUGUGAACAAAUACUCGGAUGCAUAAUUGACGAGGAUAAGGAUUUGGUCAAAACUGUGGUCACUUUUAUAGAAUUCGUAAAAAGGCGUAAGCUGGAAUCGUUAUCAUCAUCACCGAUGCUAUUUACGGCGGUCAUCUGUAUGUGGGUAGACAACGUGAAAGAUGAAGAACAAUUGAAAGAAUCGUCAUUGUGUGCCUUUUACACUGUUUUGCUUGAAAGUCUAUGUAAAAAGGCUAACUGUACAACUGGUUAUUUUAAAAAGUCAACCCCUUCUCCUGUAGAGUGUUUUUCUAACACAUGUUACCUUCAGCCAAACAUUGACCACUUAGAUAAUCUUGCUGCUGCCGCUUGUAAAUUGCUGUUCUCCUUUGAAAGAGAAACAUCUAUUGUUUUCAGUGACAUUACAUUGUCCAACUAUAUUUCCCGGGAGGUGUUUACAGAGUGCAAGACAUUUGCUCUCAAGGCAGGAAUAUUAACAAACAGGAAAGAUAAAAGUCGGACAGGUAGCUCGAACUCGUUUAUUCACCUAACUAUCCAGGAAUUCCUUGCAGCAUAUUAUAUCGCACGAAAUGCAAGUGUCAUUGAUGACAUUAUUGACGGAUAUCUGAAACGCUACACAAAACCCUAUCUCGAUAUAAUUCAAGUUUUUCUAUUCCUGUGUGGAAUGAACAUCGUUGCUGCGAAUCAAUUGUCAGCUUUGAUGAACGAAUAUGACAUUGCUCAUAGCGAAUUGUCCAGCUUGUAUUGGCCAAGUGAGUUUCAGAAAACCAUUUUGGAUGGAAUCAAUGAGGCAGCAGCGAACAAACAGGAUGACAUAUGCCCGAAACUCAGUUGCGUUUGCAUCACUGAGGAAAACAUACAAGAUUUACAUCGCGUCUGGUCGGCAAACACCUCAAAUGUCCAGUUAUUGACUGUACAGAUAUCGGAAGAUAAAUUACGUGCACGUGGCCAGCCGAAAACUCAUUAUGUGUUUAGCCUGUUGUCGUGCCAUAAGCUGAAACAACUGUAUCUACAAGGAGACGGCAUAUUGUUGAAAGCUUCAAACACAGAAGGAAAAGCAUGGCCAUUAUGCACCACGAUUUACACUAGGAGUGAGUGUGUUGAAAAAACUCAGCCUCAAACAAGAGAUUCUGCCAGUUUGGCCGAAACAGAACGUCCGGUCUGGAUUGUUUUCAAUAAUGCAGAUCCAACAUCGUCUGGAGACCCUCCUCCAGAACUGCCCUCAAUACAAUACAUUCAACUGGAAGAUAUUACAUGUUCCUCUUCCUGGCUGCGCAGUCUGUUAAGCACGCUGCUUACACUCGAUCACGAGGUGAGGUUAACGCUAGAGGCAUGUGUAAUUACAUGGUCUGUAGAGGACGCUGUCAGACAAUCAGAUACAUAUACAACAAUAAGAACGGGUGUAAACAAUACAAUCUACGUGUGCAAUGAUCUGAUGUUCAAUAGUGGAAUUUGGGAGGCUCUAAAAGGUCUGAAUAUCAAAUGGCUGGCUAUCACUGGACUGAAUGAAGACUGGACGGAACACGUUGUAGAAUCUGUCUCUAAGUCACUACAAUCACUCCGACAACUGGACACGCUUAACAUUCGCGUUAAUGAUAUCAGCCCAGAUAUGUGGGAGGCACUGCACAGUCUGAAUAUCAAGAAUGUGACUCUAAAUUUAAAUGGAAAGUGGAGUGGUCUGAUAGUAAAUCAUGUAUCGAGGUUGUCGCAGGUUCUCAUAUCACCCACACAGAUUAAAACGAUUUACAUUGACGUAAAUGUCCAUCCCGAUCUGCUAGAGGCUCUGUGUGGUCUGCAUAUAAAAAGUAUCAGUCUUUUGGGAAGAGGAGAACAUUUGAAAGGGAAUCGUGUAUCGGCGUUGUGUUAUUUUCUCUCGUCGCUCAAACAAAUUGAUAAGCUUUAUGUUAUCGUGAACAAUGACAGUCCCGGUCUGUGGAAGGCCUUCCAUGGGUUGAAUAUUAAGAGUCUUAGUCUGGGUGGGGGAUUAAGAUGUGUAAGAGUAAAUCAUGUAUCGGCGUUGGCACAGUUACUGGCAUCGCUCAUACAUCUAGACACGCUUAGUAUUGAAGUGUCGGAAGACAGUCCCGGUCUAUGGGAGGCUCUGCGUGAUCUGAAUAUCACGCGCCUGAGUCUGAAUUGGAGUGAUUCGGGAGGAGAAGUAUCGGCUUUGUCACAGUCACUAGCAUCGCUCACACGCCUAGAAACGCUUAGUAUCAAAUUGCUCAAAUACAGUCAAGGUCAAUGGGAGACACUCCGUGGUCUGAAUAUCACGAAUCUGUGUCUCAGUUGGAAUAUGUUUGCAGGAGUGAAUCAUGAGUCAAUGUUGCAAUCACUAUCAUCGCUCACAAAACUGGAAACGCUUAGUAUUAAUGUGAAAUGUGACGGAACAGAACUAUGGCAGGGUCUGAAUGGUCUGAAUAUCAAGAGUCUGCGUCUGGGUGGUUUGGAUGGAGGUGUGACGCUUUUGUGUAAAGAAUAUUUUGCUCAGGCACUAUCAUCGUUCUCACAGCUGGAAACGCUUACACUAUAUUUGCGUUUAAAUUCAGACGACCUACAGCUACCUCAAUCAUUGAAGUUUUUAAAUAUCUACUCUGAUCGAUUACGUUCAUUCGAAAUACGCAAGCUUCUGGACACACUGUCUGAUUGUACUCAGAGAGUUGAGAUUAAGCUGGAAUUCGGUUGCGCUUUUAAGGAGUCAAAAGAGCAAUACAUCGCCGACCAACAGGAACUGGAGACGCUCGGAAAUGUUAAAAUCACACGAUUUCUGAUAUAUAACUGGAAACCCUCAAUAGAAACUGGUUCUGACUGGUGUGUUCAAAACGUUGUUGUUGACGUUGAUGGUCAUGAUGAUGAUAUCGGUGAUGACGAGCAGUAUAAACUAUUUAUAGAACAUAUGAGUGAGUUGUAUCGUAUAUCGUUGAGAUUUCGCAUUAACUAGGAUCCAGAUUUAACCUUACAUGAAUGUAAAGAGUCCAAAAACAGUCAAGUGCAAUGAUUAUUUGGUUCACUAAACAACUUUGUAUUUAGGCUCCGUUUUGAGUAUGGGUAGUUUGUGAUUGUUUAAUUCCUUAAAAGUUUAUAAUUAUGUAUUUUUUUAUUCUGAACGUGUGUAUGAUAAUUGCAAUAUUUUAGCUCAGCGGAGCAUAUAGUGCUGAUGUUGAGCUGUUAAGAUACCGUCUGGUUUGUCGUCCUUGAGUCUGUGAAUGCGUCCGUAAACGUUUUUAACCUAAUUUCUCAUUUUGAACCGCUGGGCCGAUUUUAAGGAAACCUCACACAAAUUAUCUUUGUGUCUAACACUUUCAAAGUUUAGUUUUGUUUCAUAUGUACAGUAUUUGAAGGACCUAAAAAAUAGAUUUUUAAAAAAUAAAUCUUCAUAUAUCUUCUAUGAAACCACAAUGGUCAGGGGUUUAAUAUUCGGCAUGAAAAUGUGUCUAGUGAUCCUCUACAAAGCAAUCCCUCUGGGGCCAAAACUUGCCACUUCCAAUGAGUCACAUUAUUAAGAUAGACUGAAAUAAUAAGGAUUAGGGAUUUAAUAUUUGUUUUGUUAUAUUGUGUGGUGCUCCUCGUAAUUAUUGUUCCAAUAAUGCGCUUAAGGUAAAACUUGCGUCGCACUGUUGGUUACUGGUUUUUUAUGUGUAUAGUGAAAACUUUAACACUCUUCUUCUCUGACACCGCAAUGCUCUUAAGUGUUAUCUGACAUUCACAUUUUACAGUGGUCCUCUUUAUUUCUGCUUAGCGUGUUCACAUAAUGACUCUGUGGUCAAAACAGCCUUUGCCCUAGGGGGUCAAAAGAUGUAUAUGGACGUGUGUGGUAAAUGCCGUCAAACAUCUUCUCUGUUACCGGAAGGGUCAAGGUUAUGUAAGUAUAUACUUAUUAGGCCAAAAACUUACAACAUCGUAUGUCCUUAAACCCUAAUGGGUUUUAUAUUUGGUGUGCGAUAUUGAAUGUUGGACCUCUACUAAGUUUAUUAAAAUCAUAACCCUGGGGUCAAAAUCUAGCCCACCCAAAGAUAUAUUUGUGUUUUUAUGUAUGCAGUGAAAACUGUAUGUCUCUGGUCGUAUUAAAUCUGUGUCAUACGGAGUACAAAACUUAGAUUAACGUCACAGUAAUUGCACAAACAUCACAACGUCUGCACAUAACAUAUUUUAUUCACAUGUUUCACGGGAGAGACCUUAGGCUUUUGGACCAUCUUGUUCAAAUAUAAGGUUGGCAACAGCUUUGUUCUGUUUACGUCCCCUGCUGGCUUCACCGGAGGGGAUUAUAUGUUGACCCCAGGUCGACUGUCUGUUCUAUCUGUAAACAAGGUGGAUCCAGCAAUAACUAUAACAUUACUUAAGCAUUUUUGAUUAAACUAAAAAUUUGGAUAGAGGGCCGUGCGGGGAAUAUGCACAUUAUUUCGUCAUGUUUUUGGUAAAAAAACAAAAUUGUGAUUUAUAUGGUAACAGACAUAAUUUAAGACUAAAAUCGGGAAACUGCCAUUAGUAAACCGUACUAAAGUUAGUUUGAUAAAUCUUACGGAGAAUCAGUUCUUACUCUCUCGAUAGAAGACUUCUGCUGUGUCUGUGAUAAAACUGUCGUUUAAAUUAUUUUGAUUAUUUAAAUAUUGUUGAUCAUAACACUUAUGAUAUAUGAGUUGACGAUGCUGAUGUUAAUGUUGAGUGAGAUAAUGAUUAUGAGGAAAGUUAUUUUAGAAGAGUAAAAUUAUUAGCACGUGCACUCAUAUGAGUGUACUGUUGUAUCAUAAUUAAAUAUAAUUCACCUAACGAUGAAUAGUUUAUAAGAACAGACAAAAUCAUUGGUUUGAAAUAUAUACAGCAUGUAUGUAAACCAAACUAUGUGUAUAUUCAAUAGUUAUGCUCAAGAACAUUACUACAAAAUUAACAAUUUACUGAACUUUUGAAGACCAUUUCCUCUCAAACAUAUUAAAUAACAAACAAUGGUCUCUGUAAAUAUGUGUUAAUUAUUAUUUCACUAUAAGCAACUUUAUUUUAUAAAUAAUAUGACUUUUGUGUACGUAAUUUAUUGCCUUUUCGUACUUCUUACAAAGGAAUUUAAUAAAUAGUCAUGUAGAAUAAAAGUUAGUGCCCUAUCGUUUUGAAGGCUUAGAAUUAAAUAACGACAAGGCUUUUUGGGCAAUAUUAUAUUCAUGCUGAGCCUUAUAUAUUUAAAACGAUGGGGCAAUAACACGUUGCUGUUUUUGUAUUAUCAUACCCCAUUGCCAUAUUCUUGGACUGAUACCAAAAUAUAAUCAAUUUAUCAAUGUAAUGCAUUUUAGCAAAAAUUAAUACGUUUUAUGACGUUUGUCUACGUUUUAACAUAACGCCAUGCUCAUUACCACUUAAUAUAUAAACAAAUACGUGUUUCGCUGUUUUUGUUACUGUUUUUGUCGAAAAUAUAUUUUAUCUUAUUA